CAUAAUUAUUGAUGAUCAUAGCAAGCAAGAAAGAUUUUUGGAGAGCAAAUCACACCCAACAUGGAUUAUAUUCCUCCUAAUUCAAAUAUGUUUCAAUCAUUGUUUGACCAAGCUACUACUACAGAUGAGCUUCUCCAACUGAUCUCAAGUACUUUUCCUAAACAUGAGAUUAACCAAGAAGAUCAUCAAGUUCCUCCACCAACACCUUCUCAGAAGGGCCCUGAGCCGAGCCUUGCCGGCCGGCGGUGUAGAUCAUCAACAUCAUCCGCCGCCGCUGAUGAAAACCCUAAUGACAAAAAGAAGAAGAUGCUACAUAGAGAUAUUGAGAAGCAAAGAAGACAAGAAAUGUCUAACCUAUACGCUUCUCUAAGAUCACUAAUCCCUCUUCAGUAUCUCAAGGGAAAGAGGUCGACAUCGGACCAAAUGCACGAAGCUACAAAAUACAUAAAAGACCUAGAAAUAAAGAUCGAGAAGAUGAGCGCAAAGAGGGAUAGCUUGAAAAAGCUGUCAGAUCCUUCUGACAUUAUUGCAUCUCAUGAUCAGAAUAAUAAUUUUGAAAAAUUGGAGUCAACUAAGAUAAGUUUGAGGCAUUGUGGUAAGACGAGAUCAGUUGAGGUUUUGGUGAACACGGCCUUCAGUAGUGAAGGACUUUCACUCGAGAGAAUUCUUCGAGCUCUGGCCGCAGAAGGGUUUGAUGUUAUCAGCUGUGUUUCGGCGAAAGUGAACCAAAGAUUUCUCCACACCAUUCAAUCUCAGGCUAUGAGUGAAGAGAGAAGCUUGGAUCUUUCGAAGCUGGAACAAAAGCUGAAUAACUUGAUUGUGUAGUCUGUUUGUAUAUAUAUAUAUAUAUGUGUGUGUGUGUGUGUGUCGAUCGGUUAUUGAAUUAUAUAGACUUUGAAAGGUUCUUCCACUGCAUCGGUUGUAGUAGUGUUUCUCUAAUUAGCUCUACAAAGUACUGGUAAAAAUGGCGGCUUAUUAGUUUUUGAAAAGUUCACUAGCUACUAUUACUUUUUUUACUAUUAGAAUUUUUUUUAGUAAUUUUGACUUUGUACAAUCCAAGAGAAAUAAAAUGCUUAGU